AUCAGAAUGGUUGAAUGGUUCAAAUGGUUUACUGAUAACUGUGUACUUGUGAUAAGAACAAACUUAACUUAAUAAUGUUCAUGCUUAAUUUCUCCAUUGUCCCAAUGUAAUUUAUCGUAACUCGUACAUUUUAGCGUCAUUACAUCAAUCAUAUUUCCCUAUUUGCUUCAGCAAAGUGAUGGGGUGUUUUGAUUGGCAACUGAGACAGAAAUUCAAUUUCUACUUGAGUAUUCCCUUGCUGUUCUUGACUUUUCUCUCCUAGAUUUUGAAUGAUAAAAUUGUCCAAAUAUUUACAAUUUUCCCUUGACAGCUCAAUAUAAAAGCAUCAAUGCUUAGUUACGGAGUAAACGUGCCCAUUAAAACGGUUGAAGUACGUGACAUCAUUCUAAAUGUGUUUGGAGAGUAUUUUUUCCUGGAGCUGCAAGAUACUAUCGAAAACACCUGUACUCUUAAAGGGAAACCACUCUCUUCGUCUAGCUUGCAAUGUGUCCAAAUAACAAUGAAAAGAAUAUUAGACCAAUGUUUUGUGAACAAUCCAGAAGUUGACAGUCGUCCAGGCAGACUGGGACCAGCUGUGACAAAAUUUGAUAUUCAUAGCAAAGUUGGACACUUCUUUUUCUGGCCUGAUAAAUUUUCUCUGAAUGCGCAGAGUAAUUUUUGCACAAUCCUAGCAAACUCCUGUGUUUAUGAAGGAAAAUGGCAGUACGAAGUGCAGUUAGGUUCCAAAGGUAUUAUGCAAAUAGGUUGGGCUUUGCGUGGAAGUAAAUUCACCCAAGAAGUAGGAGUUGGAGACACAGUUGACUCUUUUUCCUAUGAUGGUAAUCGGAAGCGCCGUUGGAAUGUUUCUACAGAUUCAUAUGGCGAGUUGUGGUUGACGGGAGACAUAAUUUCUGUUACCAUUGAUUUGAAUAUUGGAUCCGUGAAUUAUUUCAGGAAUGGUCACCCUCUGGGUGAAGCAUUCUCUGAUAUCCAACUUGGACCUGGCAAAGCUUACUUCCCUGCAGUUAGUUUGGCAUUUGCAGAGAAUUUAAUUGUCAAUUUUGGUGCAACACCUUUUAAGUAUCCAAUUGUUGGUUAUGAACCAAUGCAACUUCCGCCCAGUUCAAAAAUUGGGAAGGUUGACCAAAUCCUUGAGUGGCUGAACAGUCUUCUAGUGUAUCAUGACUCUCUUAAUCAUGAUGGUGUCAUCACGAAAGAAGCUAUCACCAUGAUUUUUGUACGAAUGAUAUUUUUUGAACUUGCACCAUUUUUGCAAGAUAACUUUAUCAUAGAGGAAUGUAUUUUAAAGUUUAUCAAGAAGACUCUCAGCAAUCAAGAGUCUCAAAAUGGAAAGAAAACGGUACCAGAUAUCAGUUCACCAGAAAUUCAAAGGUUUUUUCGCUUCAUGGACUACGUCUGGCUCUUAAUGGAGGAAGUUGAUGUCAAAUACCUCUUAGAGAGAAUCAUAAGCUGCCUUCUUUCAAGCUAUCGACACGUAGCUUACCUCAUAGACUACCCCCAUCAAUGUGAAGCUUUGUGCGUUUUAACAGCUUUGACAAUGCAUGGAAAAACCAGAAAGUAUUUAUUGCAAAAUAUCUUCUUUGACAAAAUUCGAUUUGCGAAUUUCUUGCACAUUAAACCUUUGGAUGAUGAUGGUUUGAAAGAUAUUGUCACCUGUACAUGGUGGCCAAAAUCAGAGGCUUCCCCUUCAAGUUCUGAUGAAGAUGUUGACUCCAAGGAAGAAUACCUAGAAUCCUGUGAAUGCAUCAAUCAAGCAGUUUCAGGACUGGAGACCAUGCAAGUAGAAUUUAUUAAAUUGCUCCUCACAAAUACCGAUGGCUCAUCCACAGAGCCUUGUUCCCGAUCCAUAUUCUUGCACAAAUUCCGCAUUUUCAUCAAUGAAAAUCUACUACCGUGGAGGAGUCUUCCCAUGUUGCAUACACCUCUUCCAAUGUCGCUUUGCUGCUUCCAUCGAAUCAUCGUCGCAGCACGUGAUUUGUGGGAGCAAGAAGUACCUGAUCAACCUGUACUAAUUCCACAUAAAGUUUUUUUUGAUGGAUCUAUCAAUUUUUUAAAUAUGGAUCGUCUAGGAGGAGUCCUCAGUUUUUUAUUGAAAAACACAAAACAGGAAUUAAUAGAAGAGUUGGGACCAGAGCAUCCUCUGUUUUCCUCCAUUUCAGAUUUAAAUGCUGAUCCAGAGCCAAAUUUUUCCAGUGCAAUAUUUGGUGAAUUCACAGGAGAGGCAGCUUCAGGUUUAGCGAGUUUGCUACCAGUGCUAACUCGCUUCCUUAGUUCUGCAACCACAAGCUCAGAUAUGCGAGUGUCUCAGCUGGAUCAAAUUGUCACAGUUUCUGCUGUUGUUAGUCAUUCGUCCUUUACUCCUCUCUGUAUGAAGAAUCUACAGUUAGGAUCAGCAGAUUCUCAUGCCUCCUUAAUAGAAUUGCUGGAUGGAGCAGUUCUACUCUAUCAUUUAGCUGCUCAUAAACAGUUACUGAAGGUAAGCUCUUUGCGAAAUAGUAUGGAAGAUUAUGUUAGCUGUCUGAAUAUGACUCUUCUUGCAUCAUCAAAAGGCUCUACGAACAUUUGUGCGUGGAAUGAUGAGCUUCAUGAAUAUGCUAAUAUCUUAGAAAAACAAAUCUGUGAACAAUCACGGCACAUGGCCUGGGUACGAGGAGUACUGUAUUCGGAUACCAAGCAAAGUCACAUCAUCUGGCUGUUGCAUGUUAUGAUAACUAGUGUCAUGAAUGCCUCUGCGACAGGACCGCUUUAUGGUUUUGUUCCAGAGUACUAUCUUGAAACAAUAAUCCAAAUGAUGUCGGUCCUGAAGGAUUACAUUUACCCCUCCUUACCACCUGAGAAGAUUUUAGGUCAUGAAAAAUUAUUUUUUACCAUUGAAGAAUUUGUGUGCAAACAAUUCGAUGACUCCCGCAUAGUCAGUGCAAAUUCAAGGGACUUAAUUGUACAGGCAUUAGCAGAAUUUGUUUCUAAUGAAAGGACUUUACGUUUAUUGGAAAAAAUUGAUGUUGACGUUCGUUGUAGGCUAGUCCAAGCUUUACUCAAAUCCUAUGAAAAUCGAGCAUGGGCCCAAAAUAACUGGAUUCUGGUUCGUUUCUGGCAAGGGCAUGGAUUUGGUUUUCGAUGUAAACGAUCACCGCACUUGAAAACCCGAAUUGGCCCAAAACUUCUAUCAUUGGAAACCAGUAUAAUUCAUCAAUCAAUAGAGCCGUGCCCAUCCACUAUAUUUCAGGAGCAUUUAAAAGUACUUCUAAGAGAUGAAACCCUCGCCACAAGUUUCAUCAACUCUGUAUUGAAUCAACUUAAUUGGGCUUUUUCAGAAUUUAUUGGCAUGCUUCAGGAGGUUCAGAAUCUAUCAUCCCGAUCUGAGCGGGUUCUGAUCGAUUCACGACAGUUGCGAGUUUGUGUCACAUGUUUUGAUUUAGCGCUUGCUCUUUUAAGAGUCCUUGAGAUGGUUGCAGCAACAGCACGCUUUGUCUUCACUGAUCUCAAUUACGAAUCAUCAAAAACAUUGUUAGAGCGUUUGUGUCAGCUUCUCUGCCAAAUCUUGAACCGAGUAAGUGCAACAUCUGGGUGUUUUCACUACGUCAUAUCUCUUGAGAUUCCGGACUUGGACCUAAUUGAUCACUACCCAAUUCUCACUGCUGUAGUUGGAAUCCUUCUAGCACUUUUAAAUGAUGAAUUAGAUUCAGAAAUUGAAAAAAAUCAUGUUCCUACUGUGGCGAAAGUAAUUUUAUCUGAUCCUAGCUUCCAGCUCUGUUCCUUACAAUUUGUUCUUGGCAAUAACAAUUCGGAUCUUCGAUUUCCAGCAAAUGGUCGUAAAAAAGAAAGGAUAUUUUCCUUCCUGAGCUAUCCUAAUGACAUUACUCCAGAAGAAAUCAAGAAAGUUCAACAAAUGAUUCAUUUUCUUUCUCAUUGUUUACAAAAAAUGUCGGUUUCAAAAGAAAUUGAUGAUGAAGACAUGUGUCCGAUUUGUUAUGCCUAUCCAAUCUCAGCGACUUUUAAACCUUGUGAUCACAAGUCUUGCAGAUCGUGUAUAUUACAUCAUUUAAUGAACUCCAAAGAUUGCUUUUUUUGCAAAUCAACCAUUACCGAUGUGCUUGGCGCUGAUAAUGAAAUCCUCCAUUCCACAGUUAAUGAGUGAGACUUUGCUUCCCUCUUUUUCCAUUUAGAUUGAUGCAUAUGCCCACCUAAUUAUUAGAAUACAAGUUUUUUUUUUUUUUUUUUUUUUUAUCUGUCCAGUCAAGUGUUAAAUUUGUAUUUUAACUUAAAGAUAAAAUUCUUUGUCUUGUCAACUGAGAUGGAAUUUCCACCUUAAUACUUCUAAUUUAAAUUUUCUUCUCAUUCCUUGUAUUUCAGAUAUUCUCCCCAUAAAUUGUUUGCUGCCUUUCUUGUCUCGAAUAACCUCAACUGUUUGGAAUCAAUCGAUCUUAAAACUUUACACGGUCGUUUCUUGUACCUAUGGCUAUGUAUAUUUAAGGACUUAUCUGUAACAAUGGCGGAUGUGAAAAAUUACCUUUUCGAAACACAUUAAAAAAACUGUUUUGGCAUCGAGAAAAUUUUGAGAAAAUACUUGAGAUGUGAUCUUCGAGAUCUGUACAUUAUGCCAGGGCCAAACGUAUUAAAUUUUUGUGUGAACAAAACAGUAUUUUAAAAGUGUUUCUAAAAGGUAAUUUUUCACAUCCGCCAUUGUCACAUCUAAGGCCUCAUUUAUGAACUUCAGGACUCAUCAGAGAAUGGGCAUAUCGGGUUUUAACAUUAAUUAAUUCCUUUAUUUUCCAACACACAAAACCAAUUAAUGUAUUCAAUGGAACUUUUGCACCAAUUAAUGUCUCAGUGGUAAAAGUUGGAAGAUAAAUAUUGAUUCAUGCAGAAAAACUCUAGGUAGUUUAAAACGAUUGAAAUGAAAGUUAGCAGUGCAGGAAACACAAGGAAAUAAGCAUCCAACACACAUUUCAGCCAGUAGGCACCAAAUUUGGCCUAUUUGGAAAAAAUCCUUGCAUCCGAUACAGAGUUAUCGAUUUCUGUAUCGAAUGCAAGGUUUUUUUCCAAACAGGAUUCUGCCUCUGACUUUUGUCAGUUUUUUGGUUAAAAUGAUUCUCUAGGCUCAUGCGCCGGAGCUAUCGUCUUUUUGGUGGCUAAAAAUUCAAAAUCUGCCAAGAUUUUUGACCCAAUUGAUGCGAUAUGUCGCACGCCAGUAUGGCCACAUCAGAGAGUUUGAUGAAUCACCUUAAAUUAUGAUCAUCUUAUUUGGGACGGAUUAUACAUCUCAGCGUGACUUCGAAUUGGGCCUUCCAACUGCCUUGUGUGCACAGAAAAUUCUCAAAAUCAAUUUUAAAACUUGUAUUUUUUAGGGUCACUGUCCCUCUAAAAGUCCAGCAAUUUUCACACAUACAUGGUCUACCUGCCUAUUUUGGAAAGGUGGCAGCAAAAUGGGUUCAUAAGUUCUAAAAUAUUUUUUUUAAGGUUACCUGAAAUAAAACAUAUUUUUUAUUGGAAACUAGUUUUCUAUUUUUAUCAAGGUUCGCAUGCAACUUAUUGUUCCUGCAUCAAUCAGGCGUUUCUAAAACUCUUCAUAUUUUUAGAGGAAAAAAGGCUCCGAGUGUUGUCAUGUUUAAUAUUCAGUUCUUAAAAUACAGACUUGAACUUUUUUCCAAGCUUAGGCAGAUUUCUUACCUAAUACUUUUGUUUAUUCGGUGCUUGUUGAAGUUAGGAGUUUGGACCUGAGUCAAAAUUCUACUGAAUUUUAGAGGUCCUAUUUUCACAGAGCAUGGUGAGUGCUAAAUACUCAUUUUCUCAUUAUGAAGUAAGGAUCUAGCUAAACUUUUAUCCUUCAUGUGAUCCAGUUUUGUGCUGGUAAAACAUAAGCCCAACCAUAUUUACAAGACAGAGGGGGGAUAUAAAUUUGUGAGUGUUGUCAUUUGCAACAUUCUGUCUUCAGACACACUCAUGUUAAAUAUUUUCUUCUGAAGUUGCAACAACGUUAUAACCACAGCACUGUUAGGAUUGAUUUUCCUGUAUCCUGCAAGUUCUGGAUUCCACAUGAGAAGCAUAUUGACAAGUAUUUGAUUGUGGAAUGACCUUUGUUGAUGUUUCCAAUACUAUGACUUAGCAAAA